GUCAUGACGGAGAACAAGGCCCUGGCGCCGCUGCCCAGCGCCCCCCGCCUGGAGGAGGCGGUGACGCAGCUGUCGCUCCCUGCGGUCCAGGGUGACGUUCAGAAGACAGCCGCUCCGUCGCCUUCGAUUCUGAGCGCCGAGCAUCUCCACGCCCAAAUCAAGGAUGUGGUUGGCGACGGCAGUCGCGCGGGCGGCGACGCUCCCCCUCCGGCACUGACACGGGACCAGGGCAAGAAGCUACCUGACGAAGAUGAGGCGAAGGGUGUCUACAAGACGUACUACACCAGGUUCUGGAUUCUGGCCGUGUUCUCGACGCUCGCUUUCCUGCAGAGCAUGGUGUGGGGCACCUUCGGCCCGAUCCUGGAGUCAGCCGAGGAGGCCUUCGGCUGGACGGACGCCACGGUGGCGGCCUUCCCGAACUGGCCCCUGUAGUGGCUUUCACCCCCAUGAUGCUCACGCAGAAGCUUGGACUACGGCUGGGGAUCCUGGUGUGUGCGACCCUCAUCUUCGCUGGGACUCUCGUGCGAUGCUUCACCUCAGACCCUACUAUCUUUACUGUGCUGUGUCACGUGGGCGCCGUCCUCAACUCCUUCGCCGCCUGCAUGACCCUCUCCCUGCCCGCCAUGGUCGCCGCCGUUUGGUUCCCUCCCGACGAGCGGAUAACAGCCACAGCCGUGGGCGCCCUCAUGUGCCAGCUCGGGGGCGCCGCCAUGUACAUGGGCCCCCUGGUGGUGAGGAGUCCGGGCGAGGGGAUCACGCCAGAGGAUAUCCGCGGAGACAUCAUGACCCUGAUGUAUAUCCACUGCGGGGUGGCGGCCGCCCUCCUUCUCGCCGUGAUUAUCUACUUCCCCGCCCGCCCCCCCUCACCCCCCUCCGUGACGUCAGCUGAAGACAAGCCCAGUUUCCUCAGCGGCAUCAAGAGCAUCGCCAAGAACGUGCAGCUCCUGUUGGUCCUGGGCGUGUACUCGUUCUCCUUCGGCGUCCCCGUCGUGUGGAUCGGCGUCCUCACCUUCUCGCUCAGAGUCAUCGACAUUCAUCAGGAGCAGGCGAUGGGGGUGGCCGUGGUGGCCGUGUGCAUGUCCAGCGUGGCCGCCUUCAUCAUCGCCCGAAUCACAGACAAAAUGUACGGCCACCUCAGGGUCACCAUCAUUAGCCUCCUGCUGGCCUCUGCUGCCUGCUUCCUCUGGUUCGUCCUCAUCUCGACCGGGGUGAUCGUGCCCUCCCUCGUGCAAGUGUACAUCUCGGUGGCGGGAGGCGUGUCCUUCGAGUACGCCUCCGUCCCGCUGCUCGUGGAACUGGCGGUGGAACUUGGCUACCCGAUCCCGGAGAGUGUCACGGGCGCCGCGCUCACCUUCCUGUUCAACGUGGUGGCACUCGUGUUCCUCGGCCUCUUCCAGAUACCCAGCGACUACAUGUGGGUCAGCUACGUCCUCCUAGCCUGCGUCUCCCUCACCAUCAUCCCCCUCAUGUUCGUGAAGGAAACACACAAGAGAUCGGAGGCUGACAGGAAGGAGAUCAGCCAUAAUGCUGGGAGCGCCGCGAAUGCGACGGCGUAAUGCUCCAUGACUGUGGAGUGCCUACACUGCCUGUUAUUUAUAAUGAGAGGGAUAAGGAUGUAUACAGAGAGAGAGAGAGAGAGAGAGAGAGAGAGAGAAAGAGAGAGAGAGAGAGAGAGAGAGAGAGAGAGAGAGAGAGAGAGAGAGAGAGAGAGA